UUUUUUUACACUGAUUGCUUUCACAUCCAUAAAAGGCUGUAAAUGCAGUACUUUCUCCUCCUCUCUGGCUGCAUUCUUGCAGGCAUUGAGAAAUACUGUGAGAGCUGUGAUCAUUCACAGAUUUCACAUGGUACAAGGCUGCUGUUAAUAGCCUUGUACCAUGUGACCUCUGUGAUCAUUCACAGAUUUCACACGCAGUAAGCAAUGAUGUUAGAAGUGACAUCUUGCUUACUACUAUUUAUGUGAUCACUGAUUGGCCAAUCAGAGAUCACAUGAUUGAGACCUCACACAGAGAGUCCCAUACAGCGAUCGG